CAGAAGGAGCCGAACCUGCUCGAGUGCUCAAUCGGAUAGAGCAUCCUCGCACUGUUUACCAUACCAGCACACUCGAGUACAGUAGCGUAUUUCGCCGGCAGUCCUGCAAACGCCGCGAUCACCUCCCCCCCUCCUCGCAUUCGCCUCCUUUUUUCCAUUCAACCCCCCCCCUCAGCUGGUUGAUAUUUUUGCUGGGAGUGCCAAACUACUACGAUACUGGUAUUCGAGCACAGUAGCUGGAAUAGUGGUGAAAGUAUCACAAGCAGAUUCGUACUUCACCAUCCCGCCCUUCCCCGGAUAGCCUAAGAACGUCAUGUCGCUACGCCGAACAUUGUCCCGCCAUGUUCAGCUGGAUGAGCAGGCUCUGAGGAGAAUGGAACACAAUGGCCGGGAAAGACCGAGUAUUUACUCCCGACCUCGUAACUCUCAGUCUUCCUUCCGAUCUGGCCAGUCACGUCCUUCCAGGGCCACUUCUGGUGCCAGGACACCCAUUGAUCCGUACUCGCCAAGAGCCAGUGUUUCCACCCUGCAACUGCAGCAUCUGCUAGAAAACCUGGAACUUGAUCAGUAUAGCACAUACGGCGUUGAAGAGCUCCGGGAUGGCUUUUUCGAUGCAUCCUUUUAUCGUCCCAUUGAACAGAAUUCUGACCAAGGUGGUGAAGCAGAACCUCUACUUCCACCGGAAGUUUCUACUUUCAAGCGCCCUUGGUCAUCACCAAGGACCCUUAUCGACUCGCUUGUUGAGGAUGUCAAAUUCUUUUUCCGUUUAACAUUUAGAAAUGAGCACGGCUUUUCUCUCGCGAAGUCUUUUCUUGCUUACUUUGUGGGGUACAUACUGUGCCUGGUACCCAAGAGCCAGGGGUGGCUGGGCAGAUAUCCAUACUGGAUCACGGUUGCCACACUUUUCAAUCACCCUGGGCGCACACUUGGUGCUCAGAUUGAUGCAACUGUGGCAUGCUCGAUUGGAGCGGGAUUUGGUUUGGCGGUUGGCAGUCUUGCUCUUGAGGUGGCCAGCUCUACUCGUAACGCUCAGGUUGGCUAUGGUGGGGUAAUAGCGGUAUUUUGGGUGACAUUUAUUUGUGCUGCUAGCUGGAUUAGAUGUUCUCUCGUGAAGCUCUAUCAAUUAAUGAUUAGCGUCGGAUUGGCCAUCAUAUUUAUUUGCCUUGUUGGCUCGGAAGCGAUAGAUAACACGGGUAGUUGGGAUCGGGGCAUUCUUUGGGAAUUUGGAAUCCCGUGGGUGGUUGGUUUGGGGAUUUGCCUGAUUAUCAAUGUUAUCAUCCGGCCAGAUGCUGGUGGGAAAGCUGUAGCGGCAGCAUUGCAUAGAGCAGUCAUCUCCGCUGUGGAAGGCCUGGUUCUACCUAGGCCAUACUCUCCCACAGCUCAUCAAAAUAUGAACCUGCAACUCGUUUAUCUCUCCGAAGCAAUUAGAGACAUGCGGGGGGAGAUCGUUAUAUCUUAUUUGAGACCUGACAAUGCAGAACAACUGCGGAAUCUCAUGCAGGCCGUGAUUAGAGAUAUUAUGGCCAUUAAGCCAGAUGGGAAUUUGUUUGGACAUACGUCGCCUCAUAACACGGGGGCGCGUGGGGACGACAGCCGGCCGAGCUACUCCAUCGUGAUUGAAAUCGAACCCCCGGGCGCGAGAAGUUCGGGGGCAUCAUCUCUCGCUUCUUCAACGGAAGCUCAUUUGAAGAUUGUAAGGGACGCGAUGGAAGUCCCUGCAAGGGAGUUGGUCAGCGCAAUGACCAAGGUGCUGCUUGGAUGCGAUAAGGAGCUGAUGAACUAUGCUGGACAUAAAAAACUACUAGGAUCAUUGGAGGAUUAUCGCGAUAUCAAUCUUAGGUCUUCGAGGGAUCGUCUCCUCGAGGCCAUGCGUGUCUUUGACGAAUCUGAUAUAUCCUUAAUUGAUCAUCAGAGCCUUCCAUCCGCAUACUCUGCUCACCCCGAACUUGUUGAAAUGUUUCUGUUCAUCCACCCACUUCGCCAGACCGCAGAUUCCGUGGGGAAUCUGGCCGGAAAUGUCCUUCGGAUAGUGGGCACGCAAAGACGCAAACGAAUACUCCUUCCGUCGUACCCACUGCAGAAAGCGCUGUACCGGACAAAUCCUCAAGUGCGCCACGACCGCGGAGGCCUAACAGCCGGCUACUACUUCAAAAGCAAGCAAAAUAUAGAAAAAGCAAUGGAAACUUAUCAAGCGAAGCCAUUCAUUCCGUCCCCUACCUCCCCCACCGUGGGGGACGAGGGUGCCCCAGAAACCGAACCGAAAGCCAUGAGUUCUAACCCGCCAACGACGACAGAGCCCCAGACUAUCCGGUACAGGGCCUGGCGAGUACUGCACAGACUCCAGCAAUGGGAGACAAGAUUUGCAUUCAAGGUCGUCUUUGUAACAAUCGCCUUGGGUAUACCGGCUUGGGUGGAGAGCAGCCUGGGUGGAAAUGCCCAGGAUUUAAUCACGCGGAGUAUAACGACUGCCGUUGGGUCUGCAUGGGCUGGCCUUGGGCACGCGGCUGGUGGCGGAGAUCCAUAUGUUCUUGCGCUUUUCACGGCAAUCUUUAUGGUCCCAGGCAUGUUUAGAUUUACUUCAUCAUCACAUCCGCGUUCCGGUCUCAUGGGCUGCAUAAGUUAUUCCGUCGUAUCUCUCAGUACAUACACCCUUCGCGAUUCCACCGUAGACAUUCCUUCGCCGGCAAAGGUUGCCUGGACCCGAGGUCUCUCGUUGAUCGUUGGAAUAGUAACAGCGGUGGUGGUAAACUGGGUGAUCUGGCCAUUUGUGGCGAGACACGAACUUCGAAAAUCACUAUCCUUCAUGAUGCUCAAUCUUGGAAUUUCCUACAGAGGUGUCGUCGCGAGGUAUGAGCUUUUUUUUUGA